AAGCAGACAAAUAAGCGAUAAGCCAAACACAACUGGGGAAAGGAGUCGUGCAUGAAUUGUACUGCUAUGUUUUGAUCGUAUUUUUUUUGGUACCCUGACAAGAUGGAAGAUAUAUGCAAGCGCCUGGAUGAACUCGUUGUACAGUAUUUUAGUGCCUUGGAAAAACUUACGGACACAAGAGAGCAGUUACAGACGCUAAUGAAAGAGGGAUAUUUCAGAUUAUCUAAGGCCAGGUACUCCAUGGGGAAUAAAGCAGUUAGUUCGUUACAAUAUGAUGCAAACAAGAUGAAAGCACUAGCAACUAUUACUGUAAGCCAAGAUGAUGACAUUCCACGAUUUGAAGUAGUGCGAAAGAAAGCUGCCACGACCAGACGCAAAUCAUCUACCUCUGAAGAUGAACACCGUUCAAACAUCGGUACUUCUGAAGUAAGGAAACGGAAAGGAGGAGAUGAAGUAUCAGCAAUAAAGUUAAAAGAUAUGACCUUAGAUGAUGAUGAAGAAACCAUUGCUGAUCCACUUCGAUGGUUUGGGGUGCUAGUACCAGGCACACUAAGACAAGGUCAAAUGAGUUUCAUUGGAGCUGUUGAAGUAUCAGUAGAGCUGGUUAAUUUACAAAGUGAACUACUAACUAUACAACUUAAAUACAAAGAGUUACUCAUGAAGAAAAGGGAACUCAUGAAAAAGGGAGAAGCUGUAGAGAACACUAAUAGUGUAGAUCAAGAUGUGAAGUAAACAGAUUAUCCUGGAUAAUCUUAAACACUGGAAAUAACUACCAAGAUUAAUAUAGCAUAUAUUAAAUAUUAUAUAACAAUCACGAAAAGACACUAAGCUAAUUUGAAGCAAAUGCUGAUAUUUAUACAACAAUCUUGCUUGUGAGAUACAACUCAAAGUAUUAUAAAAGCAAGUGAAUAAAAGACUUGAAUAAAUGUA